UCAAAGGAAUUAAACGAAAACUGUCAUCGUGUCAAACUCAGAAACUUGUAUUGUUCUCAAUCUGAAGUUUAGGAGGAAGAGGAUCAGUAACCGAGCUGUUAACAAUCGAGACUUGGAUUGAUGAGAGGAAAAACCGCGAGACGCGCGCGCUUCCUCUCACAGAUCAUGGGCACCAUGCGCUCCUCGCGGUGUGCGUAAACUGCUGUGGAGGAUCCAAACAGUAUGAGACGCCAUGGCAUGGUGUGACCGAGGGGUUCAGACUCUGCUGGCCAUCGUGGGGGCCUUCGCCGCCUUCAGUCUCAUGACCAUCGCCAUCGGCACCGACUACUGGCUUUACUCUCGGGCGUACAUCUGCAACACCACAAAUGCCACCGAUGAUUCCCCGAUGCAAACCAAGAAAGUGAAAGGCGAUCUGACGCACUCCGGGCUGUGGAGGAUCUGCUGUAUUGAAGGUAUCAACAAAGGAAGCUGUUUUCGGAUCAAUCAUUUUCCAGAGGAUAACGACUACGAUACAGACAGCUCCGAGUACAUCUUACGUAUAGUUCGUGCAUCGAGCCUUUUCCCCAUUCUGAGCAACGUUCUGCUGAUGUUGGGGGGCCUGUGUGUCGGGUUCGGACGCUUCUACAACAACAAGAACAACAUCCUGCUCAGUGCUGGCAUCCUGUUUGUGGCUGCAGGCCUGAGUAAUAUCAUCGGCAUCAUCGUCUACAUCUCCAGCAACGCCGGAGACCCGAGUGACAAGAAAGACGAGGAUAAGAAAAACCACUACAACUAUGGCUGGUCCUUUUACUUCGGCGCCCUCUCCUUCAUCGUGGCUGAAUCAGUGGGUGUCCUUGCUGUCAACAUAUUCAUCGAGAAAAACAAAGAGACGCGCUUCAGAGCCGUACGCAACUUCAUUAAAGCCACGUCCUCUUCUUCACCAUACUCUCGCAUUCCAAGUUACCGCUAUCGACGAAGGCGCUCGCGAUCCAGUUCGAGUGACCUGUCCCGCGAGCCCUCUCCAGUGGGGAUGAAGAUCGGGGGAGCAUGCGGAGGAGGGAUAGGGAUGGGUCUGCCGAUGGGGGAUAUAUCCCUGUACUCCCGCAGUAGGGACACUCUGAAGGGAGCGACCGCUGGGCCCUACAGUCCAGAGAGGGACUUUGGAUUUUUACAAGUCCACAACUGCUUCCAGAAAGAUCAGACAGAUGGAGGAAACAGAAGGACCACGCCGGUAUGAGGUUAGGAGUGUUCAUUGGAGUGUAAAACAUUAGGGUUUGAUGGAACACAUUACACAUUGUCUGAUUGAUGAGAUAGGAAGAUAAUUCCUCCCCGGGCUGUUCAGGCAGCAGCGGUGUGAAAGGUCCGGACUUAAAACAGUUUUUUAUUUUCCUUCUGGAGAACAAUUCCUGUGUUUCAUUUAGAGAAUGAGGAUAUAACUGUUUUUACUCUAUAUGUCAGUGUCUAAAAACUGGAUGCAAAUAAUUGAAGUGUUUAUUUCUAAAAUGUGAAAUCUGCUAUGUUGAAGCAACUUACUCCUAUUACAGAAAGGACAAACAUUUCGUAACUCUCAUUAUAUAAGGAUAAUGACCACCUAAAUGAAUUAGGGCUAAAAAUUGACAUUUUGUUCCAGUUUAUUUCAAUGUAAUGAAAGGGUAAAACAUUCACUUCAGGUUGUGGAUGUGUGACCAGGCCCUCGAGUUUAUACAGACUUGAUGCUCAAUAUAAUAUAGAUUCUGAAUAUUGAACUUCAGGUUAUUAUUUUUUCUGCUAAAAUUGUCUUUUGGAAAUUGACUUAUUUCUUAUAUUCCAAGACAAACGGAUGUUUAUCUCCAAAAUUGUGAUCCUUUGACUAUUAUUGUAUUAUAUUUGUUUGUAAAUCAACACAACUGGUGCUAACUUAAUCUGUACACCUUUGUUAGCCUUUUCAACUGCCAUUUAAAUAAUUACACUGUAUCUCAAUAACCUCUCUGAAGCUUGUGUGUGAGUGUAUGUGAAAUGUAUUUUAUGGCUCUGAGACACUGCCACACUAUGACAAAAAUGGAUUUAUGUAGAUAUCAACAAAAUGGACAUGGCACACACUAAUGUCAGUACAUUCCAGUAUGAUGUGUUAUGUGUUAGUGUGAACAUGAAUUGUGCUGACUGUGUAGUUUCUCUCCAUUCACUCAGGGACAAUGUAUGGAACAAAUCAAUCUUACUUUCAGAGAUGUAGAGAUUAUCACGAGACAGAACAAAUGUCUUUGAGUAGUUUUGUUUUUCAUACCUUAGCCUGUGUGUACAAACAGAGGUGAGAUCGCACUGUACGUGUUGCUGUAAAUUAACAUGACACUUGUUCCUGCAAUUACUGCCUUUGUGUUCAGAGGGUUUUUCAUCCAUAUUUAGCUAAUGCAAAAUCAUAUUUAAAGUAUUUCUGUACUGUUCUGCCCCGUGUCAAUAAGAAAUGUUUGGUAAAAGUAUAACUCCCAAGAAUCUUUUUUAAUGUGACUCCUUGAAUUUGACACCUUAUUCUGCUUGACGGGCAUUGCAAAAUAAAACUGCUACAUGUGUUUUCAAACAAGAAUAUAAUGACAUCACAAAAUAAUGAAUAAGUGUCCUGUUACAGGAUACAUGAGACCAAAUCUGUGUGAAACAUAACAAUGGGUUUAUUUCAUCCAGCAAGUUAUUUUGAAAGUUAAGUGUCCUAUAAACAGAUUGAGCCGUGUUUGAUUGAUACUGGAGUUGUGUAUUUCCAACUAAGCAAUAUGAUUUUCACAAACACAGUUGAUGCAAUUAAAGCAAAUAGUUACGAGUAUUGUGUGACAUGAAGUUCAGAGAGGUCCCAGGAGUGACAUGGUUGGACACAUGAGAAUGCUGAGGCCAAAUAUAUUUGACAGCUAACCAAGGAACUCUGACCAGAAUGAUUAAACAGCUUGUCACGGGUCAUGAACAAGUCAGUCAGUCAGUCAGGACUCUUUACAUUCAAACACUUGACUGAAAUUACUUGAUCCAAUAGGCCAAUCUUCUGCGAGUCAAGUAUUUUAGCCAAUGACGCGGGGCUGAUGGGCUGCUAUGCUCUGCUACGAGACUUCAUGGCAGACUGUCAGGCAACCACAGGGUGUAAAGGGAAAACAGCAUCAGCCAACGUAAUGCUUGAUUGAACUAACAGGCUCACAAAUGUUCAUCCAGACUUAAAACACACAUUUUCUUCAAUCAAGAGCUGGAGGAGUGGGUUUGUACGUGUGUGAAGAUUUAGAAGAAACAGUUAAGUGACUGAUUCUUCAUACGAUACACACUUGACCGGGUUCCAUGUCAAAGUUGCAGUUAGUAAUAAUUUGUUUAAUUUGGUUGUUGAAUUAGUGUCAUGGCGGUUACCACAUUUAAACUCAUAGUGCCAUGAGAGGGCUUGUAGUCCCAGCUUUAGUGGUUAUUUAUGUCAUUGAUGUGCAGAAUGUACACUUAGAAUAGACUUAUAUUUCAUCAUGGUGUGUGUGUGUGUGAUGUAUCUUUGUUAUGCAAAUCGGGUUUGAUGAUCUUGUUUCCCAUUCCAGCCUUAAUUUGAUCUUUUCUUUGCCACCCCUCUCCUCUGUCCAUCCCCCAGGCUGUUAAGCCCUGUGAAUGUGGAUGCCAUGGACCCUCACUGAUAUUUUCAGCCACAAUAAAGCUGCGCCCACAUUCAUGUCCCGCUGCACACCAGUGAGAUUUAUCCUCCAGUAAUUGAGAGGAAAAUGGCAGGGUCACCCCUCCCUGCAGUCAGGACUGUAACCAGCUUGUUAGCCUCGGUACCUCGCUGUGCAGGAGGAGAAAAAUAAGACUUCAGGUCUCAACUCAGGUUCUGCCUUUGUAACUUGAUUUGCUGUGACCAAUGGUUUCGCAUCGGGUCACACUUCAGCUAUGUUUAUACUAAACCUAUUACACCCAAUGCCAUAACAAAUCAUUUGCUGCCAGCAAAUAUUUAAAAAGCAAUUCAACAGCUGCAAUUUUUGUGUUACUGUUCAACAAUAUAGUUACACUGAUUCCUUACCAAUUUUUCAAUGUAUAAAGAAAUUGGGAAUACAUUUCGUUUCGAGAGAAGAGAGAAUGACAGCACACUGUUGUUUACAUGCAACUGAAAUGUAUAGUUUACACUAGAUUAGAUUUUCUUCCAUUGAACAAUGGCUUUUAAAAUGUAACAUAUAUUAUCUUUUUAAACUUUCAUAAGACUGACGGACAAGUAUUAUAUCGGACUGUUAAAGGUCCCAUGUCAUGGCCAUUUCUACUGAUCAUAAUUCCAUUGUUGAGGUCUACUAAAAUAGAUUUAUAUUGUGCAAUUUUCCAAACUCACAUUGGUUUCUCAUACAGCAUCUCUGUAAAGUAUGUGUAUUCAUCGGUAUUCAAUCUCUGUCCUAAAUGGCUUGUUGGAGCUCCUGCCCCCGCCCCUCCCUCCCUGUGAGCCCAGUGUGCUCUGA